GGUAGAAGAGCACCUUGCGUUUGCCUCCUGAAUCACAGCAGCACAGUAUAAAAGCCAGAGGCAGCAGUGUUCAGGAUGAGAGAUCUCCAUCAGGAUAACUGAGACUCACGGAGCUGCUGCCUCGCCGCACACUCAAACAGAUUACCUACGAACACUUCAACGAUUAUUUACCAAAGAGGGAUGAAGAGCAUCAACUUUUUUACCGACUUGCUUCUUGUAUUCAUAGUCAGUGAUGCGAGCGCUUGGAUUAUCAGAAAUGCGACUGAAACGCUCACCGGAACCAAAAUCACUGUCAAUAAAACGGAAAUGGAGAAUGACGGAUUAGCAUCCAUGCCCAAAUCAAGGCGAAAACGGUACAUUUCGCAAAGUGACAUGAUAGCUAUUCUGGACUAUCACAACAAUGUGCGAGCGAAUGUUUUCCCACCUGCAGCCAACAUGGAAUAUAUGCUUUGGAAUGAAGACCUAGCCAGGUCAGCAGAAGCUUGGGCAGCCACCUGUAUUUGGGAACAUGGACCUCCUUACCUUCUCCGAUAUCUGGGUCAAAACCUCUCAGUCCGAACUGGCAAUUACCACUCCAUUCUUCAGAUGGUUAAACCUUGGUAUGAUGAGGUCAGAGAUUAUGUGUUUCCAUACCCACAUGACUGCAAUCCCCACUGCCCGAUGCGCUGUUAUGGACCCAUGUGCACACAUUACACACAAAUGGUGUGGGCGUCAUCAAACAGAGUUGGAUGUGCCAUCCAAACCUGUUACAAUAUGGUAGUGUGGGGCAUCGUGUGGAGGGAGGCAACGUACUUGGUCUGCAAUUAUUCUCCAAAGGGCAACUGGAUUGGUGAGGCACCUUACAGAGUUGGUGUGCCAUGCUCAGCUUGCCCUCCAAGCUACGGAGGUUCAUGCAGCAACAACAUGUGCUUUCCUGCCAUCAACUCAAACUUCAUGUACUGGUUUAAAUAAGAUGUCUGUUAUAUGAAAUAGUUCAGCCAAAAAUGAAAAUCUGCUGAUUUACUACCCUCAGGCCAUCCAAGAUUUAGAUGAAUUUGUUCCUUCCUCAGAAUAGGUUUGGAGAAAUUUAGUCCAAACAGAUGACAAAAAUAUCACAAUAAUCCACAAGUAAUCCAUACAACUCCAGUCCAUCAAUUAACAUCUUGUGAAGUGAAAACAUGUGAGUUUGUUAUAAACAAAUUCAUUGUUAAGAUAUUAAAACUGUUGCUUUUGGUUAAAAUAGGAGUCCUCUAUCCAAAAUAUUGUUUUCUACAGUGAAAAAUCAGAAUCAGAGUCUGAAUCACAAGAGAAAUAUAUACAGAUCAAGCAUCGUUUACAAGCAAAAACAUUCCAAAACAUUUCUAAACAAAUAUGCUAGUGGAUUUUGAUGUGAGAGGACAAAAUGGGAUGGAAUUUUUUUACUGGAUGAAGCGUUAUUUUAGACUUGUAUUUUGACCAGAAACCACAGUUUAAAGUUAAAGGGAUGGUUCACCAAAAAAAUUUAAAUUCUGUAAUUUAUUAGUUACUCUCAUGUCCAAACCCGUAAGACUUCUGUUCAU